AUGCUUUCUAUCACUUGCCCAUCCAAUAUAGCCCGACGUAUAGGCUCGAACAUCACUACUGUAGCUUUCAGGACACAGCUCUGUAAUAUGAGUAUCAGCCCGCCACCUCUCAAGAGACAGCGUCUAGGAGACAACAAACCUGAGCCCGCCACUUUACCCAGAAAUACUCCAAACGAGGAUCGGAUCUGCGUGUACUCGUGGAACAUCAAUGGAAUCCAGCCAUUCGUGCAAAAGUCGAUAACCUCAUUCUUUCAAUCCAAGAAGCCAUCGUCCAAACAACAAAACACAGAAGCUACCACGGCAGCAUCCCUUCGGGAUUUCCUACGGCGGCAUUCCUGGCCUACAAUACUUUGCCUCCAAGAAGUAAAAAUCAACCCGAGUGACGAGGCGACUAAAUCGGCGGUUCGACAAGCUGUCAGAAGUACCAAAGAAGGCGAGCCUGACUAUGAAGCCCACUUCUGUCUGCCCACCGAUCCUCAUAACGCCCGUGGGUUCGGUAGGAAAGUAUAUGGUGUAUGCACUAUCCUUCGCAAAAGUUUCGUCGCCAAGUAUCAACCCGUCAUUCGAAGUGUGGAUUGGGAUUUAGAAGGUCGCUUUCAGAUUGUUGAGAUAGAGGAACCUAAACUGAGCAUCUGGAACAUCUAUGCCGUCAAUGGCACCGACAACCCAUACAAGGACAGCAAAACGGGAGCAGUAAUAGGCACCAGGCAUGACAGGAAGCUAGCCGUGCACAGACAUAUGCUCAACGAGGCCAAGUCACUCGAAGCCCAUGGUUUUAGCGUGAUACUCGCCGGCGAUUUGAACAUCGCUCGUUCCUAUCUGGACGGCCAUCCGAAUCUGCGCACAUCUCCUCAACAGCACGUCGUCAACCGUGCAGACUUCAACAAGAAGUUCUUUGAUGCCGACGAAGGGCUCAAGGCGAUUGAUACCUACAGACACAUUCAUGGAGAUAAGAGGGGAUAUACAUAUUAUCCUCGCGGAAGGCAGUUUGGAAGCAGUUGUGACAGGGUUGAUUUAAUUAUAUGUUCCAAAUUUCUAGAGAAGAAGCUUGUUGAUGCAGGUAUCUGCGCCACGGAAAAGGAAAGAGGGCCCAGCGAUCAUGUUCCUUUGUUUGCGACUUUCGAACUCAAGGAAACCACUAGUACAGCUUGA